GCGCUGGGGAUAUGUGGCGUGCAUACAGCGAAAUGCGGGAGGCGAAUUAUAAAAAUGCAGAUAAAUAUUUCCAUGCUCGUGGGAAUUAUGAUGCUGCCCAAAGAGGGCCUGGCGGUAAAUGGGCAGCAGAAGUUAUUAGUGAUGCUAGGGAAGGUUGGCAGGGUGGCAUUAGUGGCAGAGGAGCAGAAGACACACGUCAAGACCAGGAGGCAAAUAAAUGGGGCAGAAGUGGAGGAGACCCAAACCGCUACAGACCAGAGGGCCUUCCCUCAAAAUACUAAUGCAGCCUGUAAUACUUUACAAUGGUUCCAUUUUUCUACCAGUUGUGCAAAACCACAAUAAAUAAAAUCUUAAAUUUC